AUGGAUGUGCGAAAGAAGAAGAGAAAGGUUCUCCUGAUGGGGAAGAGCGGCUCGGGGAAGUCGUCCAUGCGGUCAAUCAUCUUCAGCAACUACGUCGCCAAGGAUGUGCGGCGCUUGGGUGCUACCAUUGAUGUGGAGCACAGCCAUGUCAAAUUCAUGGGGAACCUCACUCUCAACCUCUGGGAUUGCGGUGGACAAGAUGCCUUCAUGGAGACCUAUCUGGCGUCGCAGCGCGGCAACAUCUUCUCGGACGUCGCCGUUAUGAUCUACGUCUUCGACAUCGAAUCUCGCGAGGUGGAGCGCGAUCUAGACACCUACAACGCCAUCAUCACGGCGCUGAAGGAGUUCAGCCCCAACGCCUACGUCUUCUGUCUGGUGCACAAGCUGGACCUGAUCCAGGCGGAGCACCGCCAGCGCAUCUACGAGGAACGCUCGGCACUGAUCCGCAGCCGCUCGGAACACUUCGCCAUCGACACCUUCGGCAGCAGUAUCUGGGACCAGUCGCUGUACAAGGCAUGGGCCGGCAUCGUCCACCGCCUGAUCCCCAACCUAACAGUCAUCGAGCGCUUCCUGCAAGCCUUUGCCAAGCGCAUCGGCGCUGAGGAGGUCAUCUUAUUCGAGCGUUCCACCUUCCUGACCGUCACGUCGGUCUCAUCCGAAGUCGGGGACCUGAACCCCAUCUACGACCGGCACGAGCGCCUGUCCAAUAUCAUGAAGGCGUUCAAGCACUGCGCCGCGCGCAACACCCACACCACGCCGGCCUCCGCCGGCUUCGUCGUCAUGCACACCAAGACCCCGCAGUUCAACGUCUUCCUGGGCCGCUUCACCGACAACACCUAUAUAUUCCUGGUCGUGCCGCCCGGCGAGGCCGCCUACAACUGCGCGGUGCUGAACACCAUGCUCGCGCGGGAGGGCUUCUCCAAGGCGGCGGCUAUGGGGCACGGCGAUGGGUUUCCGCUUCCGGCUCCGGAGACGCCUGAUGGGGACGUGUCUACGAGUAAUUCUGACUCUACUCGAGGGUAG